AAAGACUUGAAAACGUAUUUAUUUUUGUUUUUUGUCUUUUGCUUUUUUAAAGACCAAAUAGAAGACGAACAAACCAACGACUACGAGAAAUGCAAAGUCCAGAAUUUGGAAUAUCAAUCAAAGCAAGGAUUUCAAUUUCAUAGUCUUCAGGUGUUUCUUGUCUUGCUUGAUUCGGAGGCAGAGAGUGAGAGAAAUUGAUUAAAAGAUGGCAGCUCCGGUGACCGUAAACGGCGGCGAUUCGACGGAGAGGGAAGCUCGAAUGGCGCACUCUGCGAUGACCUUUGUUCAGCUCAUUAAUGGCGCUUACCAUGUGAUUACGAAAGUAGCUCUUAACGUUGGUAUCAAUCAGCUCGUCUUCUGUGUCUUCCGCGAUCUUCUUGCUCUCUCCAUUCUUGCACCUCUCGCUUAUUUCCGCGAAAGAGGGAUCAGACCUGCUAUGAACAGAAGUGUCUGCUUUUCGCUCUUCUUCCUAGGUUUAGCAGGGAUAUUUGGGAACCAAUUACUAUUUCUUAUGGGUUUAUCAUACACAAAUCCAACUUAUGCAGCUGCUAUACAACCAUCUAUCCCAGUCUUUACCUUUCUCUUAGCUGUGAUGAUGGGAACAGAGAAAGUGAACUUGUUUAAGAUCGAAGGACUUACCAAAGUUGGAGGUACACUUGUUUGUGUUUCUGGUGCCUUAGUGAUGGCUUUGUUCCGUGGUCCAGCUUUGUUUGGAGAUAAAAAUGCAGACUUUACAGCAAAAAAUGUUGUCAUUGAUAGAGAUCAACUUAAUGUGCAUCAUAAUUGGUUACUCUCUAGCUUUCUUGGACUUGGUCUCGAUCUAUGGCACAUUGGUGUUAUAUGCUUGAUUGGAAACUGCAUGUGUAUGGCUGCUUUUAUCGCCGUCCAAGCACCGGUUCUGAAGAAGUAUCCUGCGUACCUUUCGGUUACCGCGUAUUCGUACUUCUUCGGUGCAUCGAUAAUGAUCACAACAGCUUUGGUGUUUGUUAGAGAGCCUAAAGAUUGGAUCUUGACACAAUCCGAGGUUCUUGCUGUUAUAUUUGCGGGAGUGUUUGCGUCAGCUCUAAACUAUGGACUCUUGACUUGGUCCAAUAAAAUUCUUGGAGCUGCUUUGGUUUCUCUAUACAACCCUCUUCAACCUGCAACAUCUGCUUUUUUAUCGACAAUUUUCCUCGGCAGUCCAAUCUAUCUCGGAAGCAUUGUUGGUGGAAUACUCAUAAUUUCUGGGCUUUAUAUGGUUACUUGGGCAUCUUAUAGAGAACAACAAACAACAGUUUCAGGAAAUGUGACUGAUUCUUCUAGCGAUGUAAGAAUCUCGGAACCUUUGAUUUUCAGAGAUGGGACUGGUAAUAAAAUCGGAUAGGAGAGUUUUUUUUUCUCUCUCUUUGUUACUGUGAAAUUUGCAGAUUACACAAUCAAACAAGAAUUAUAAUCAGAGUUUUUACAGUAAAGUUAUUGUUUGUUAAUUCUUAAAAUAUGUUUACUUGGUUUUUCAUUGUAUAUGUAUUAAAUUGAUGCAGUUGAUUUUUUAUAAUCGUGUUAAAAAAGA